AUGACUCGAAGUAUGAGAUGUUGGUUUUGCCUGCGAGGUUUGACCAACCGCUGCGUUAAUGGUUCGGCUUUUGGAACUCAAUUGCUUGACGGUGGUCAAGCAGAGUACGUCCGUGUUCCCUUCGCCGACGGUACUUUGCAGCAUGUGCCAGCCAACCUGGACGGGCGUCUGUUGAUCAUGAUGUGUGAUAUUUUCCCUACUGGAUACUAUGGAGCCCUCAGGGCUAUUGAAGGCCUUCUGACGCAGUACACCUCGAAGCUCACAAGCUUUUUGCCUGCUAAGCAAAACGGACGGAAUGACAAUGGCGAGUACGGCACCUCAGCCGAUGAAAGGCUUCGGCAAUCAACUAUUGCCGUUCUCGGGUGUGGGCCAGUGGGGAUAUGUGCCAUUGCUGCUGCUCGAUCGCAGGGUAUCGAGACCAUCUUUGCAAUCGACAGCGUUCAAGAUCGUCUAGCCGAGGCCGCAAGCUUUGGUGCCGUCCCGAUUAUCUUGGGCCGGGAAGAUGUCAAGGCUCGAGUGAUGGAGGAAACGGAUGGCAGAGGAGCAGAUGCAGUUGUCGAGGUUGUAGGAAGCAAGUCCGCCCUGCGCUCUGCGUUUGAUCUGAUUCGACCAUGCGGCAUUUUAUCAUCUGUGGGCUUCAAUCAAGGCGAGCUGCCUUUCACAGCACUUGAAUGUUAUCAAAAAAACAUCACUGUCAAUUUUGGUCGUGUGCCCGUACGCACAGUCUUCCAAGAUUCUUUGCAGUGUUUGUCAGUCAAUCAAAAGAGGAUGCAAAGCUAUAUAUCGCAUGAGUUCCCGUUGGAUGAUGUUGCUGAGGGGUAUGAAGUAUUCGAAGAGAGGAAGGCAAGAAAGGUUGUCCUGAAUAUUUCGAGUUAG